AUGCGACUUUUGCCGUUACGAUACAGAUUCUGCUGUCAAGUUGGUGCUUUGUGUAUCCUGUGGUAUUUUAGCAGCACUGCGGCUAGUAUAAUCAAUAAAGUCACCUUGCAGGAGUAUCCGUAUCCUAUGACAGUUGCCUUAGUGUCAUUAUGCACAAUACCAGUUUAUGCUAUACCUCUUCUUUGGGUUUGGCAUAUAAAAAAGCAACGUGUAUCUGAUUAUUAUAUGUAUCGAUAUGUGAUUCCAUUAUCUGCAGCCAAAGCAAUCGCUGUUGCUUCUGCAUACUUUAGUCUAUGGAAAGUGCCUGUUUCUUAUGCUCAUACAGUGAAGGCGACUAUGCCAUUAUUCGCAGUUUUAUGCGCCAGGAUAGUACUGAAGGAGAAGCAGACUUUCCGUGUUUAUUUAUCUUUAGCACCUGUCGUUGCCGGUGUUUUAAUAGCUUCACUUACUGAAUUGUCCUUCAACUUUGCUGGUUUGUUAAGUUCGCUCUGUUCGACUGCAACGUACUCAUUACUUAAUGUUUACGUUAAGCGGGUUCUAAAAGACACUGGAGUUCAUCCAAUCAGGUUCCUUAUUUUAAAUGCUCAGAUUGCUGCAACGGUUUUCUUACCAUUUUGGUUGUUUCGCGAUGGGAUUGCUUUGUGGAAAGUCUUUUUCCAAACAGAAGAAGUAAUUAACAUUUUGAGUUUGAGGGCUGAUUUGACUAUCGUUCCAGACCAUUGGUUUCUGAUUUAUCUGGCUUUAUCUGGUUUAUUGUCAUUUGCAAAAAAUAUUUGUGCCUUUGUCUUAAUACAUAGGCUUACAGCUCUCUCCUAUGCAGUGGCUAAUGCCACCACACGUAUAACUGUUAUAGCUGUCUCAUUGGUGACUCUGCAUAAUCCAGUAACUUCGCUAAACAUUUUUGGCAUGACAUUGGCUAUCUUUGGUGUUUUUCUUUAUAACAGAGCGAAACAGUCACAGACGAAAGGUCUACCUCUUUCUCAAACUGACGUUACGCUUUCUGACGCAUCACUGGUUAUGUUGAAUGGUGCUGUGGAGGGUGAUUUUCCGAGGUUACUGCAUCCUUCUUCGAAUGUGAAGGUUAUGAGUGAGAGGGCAGAAGAUAAAGAUACAAUUCAUAUGAGGGCGCAGAAAGGUUUCAAGGGAGUUUAUGAACCAUUAAAUGGUCAUGUAAAAUUCAUAAUGUAA